AUGGCUUCGAAGGAGAUCAACCUUUCUGUGUUAUACGCAGAAUUAAAUAAAUUGGGCCAAAAUGGAGAGUACGAAAGGGCUAUAAAAGUUGCUAAUAAAAUUUUAGGUACUUCCCAGGAUGAGGAAGCUGCCUUCCAUUGCAAAGUUAUUUGCUCCAUUCAAUUAUCCAAAUUCAGUGAUGCACUUCAGUUUAUUUCUAAGAACCCAAGAUUGGCAGGCAAUUUAGAUUUUGAAAAAGCAUAUUGUUUAUAUCGAUUGAAUCAAGUGCCAGAAGCUUUGAAGGUAGUGGAUAAUGUCCCUAAUCCAUCACUGAAACUGAAGGAACUCAAAGCUCAAAUAUUGUAUAGGCUUGAGAAGUAUGAAGACUGUUUCUCUGUGUAUAGAGACAUUAUAAAAAAUUCUCAUGAUGAGUAUGAAGAUGAAAGAGAAGCUAAUCUUGCAGCAGUGAUUGUAAACUUAACAAUUGAGGGUUCUAAUUUGGAGGUUCCUGUAUUACGUGAAGAUACAUAUGAACUGACAUAUAAUGCAGCUUGUCAGUUAAUUGCACAAGGUAGCAAAGGAGACAAAGCUACUUUAUGUGAUGCAGAGAAGAAGCUUAGGGCAGCUGAGAAAAUAUGUAAAGAAGGUCUAGAGGAGGAUGGAAAUACUGAAGAAGAGAUAGAAGAUGAAUUGGGAAUUAUUAGAGUUCAACUUGGAUGCUGUCUUCAGCUUCAGGGUCGUGAAAAGGAAGCUCAAACAUUAUAUACUUCUGCUUUGAAAGCAAAACCAGAUGAUAUAGCUUUGGUAGCAGUUGCAAGCAAUAACCUUGUGUGCCUCAAUAAAGAUCAAAAUGUAUUUGAUAGUAAGAAGAGAAUGAAAAGUGCUACUCAUGAUAGUUUAGAGCAUAAAUUAACAUCAAGGCAAAAAAGAAAUAUUGCAUACAAUCAGUGCUUACUGGCUUUAUACACUGAUCAGGCAGAACAGUGUCAACAACUUUGCAAUAAACUUGCUAAGGAUUAUCCUAUACUGGCCGCGGACGCAAUGUUCAUUAAAGCGGUGCAACUUGCUAAAGACGGUAAAGCAAAAGAAGCAGCAAAACUAUUAACACAGUAUGCAGUUGAAGAGAAAGAAUUACCAAUGAAGUUAGUUUGCGUACAACUUUUGUUGAGCCAAGACGAGAGACAAGAGGCAAUUGAUAUUCUCGAAAAUCUAAAUGAAAGAGAUAAAUCAUUACCUGGCAUAGUCAGCGCACUCGUAACUCUUCACAUGGCUGACAAUAAUCGUGAAAAAGCAUCAGCUGCUUUAAAAACUGCAGUGAACUACUACAAAAAGAAUAAAGAAGCCACUGAUAAUUUAGGAGAAUUAUGGCGGCAGGCUGCCGAUUUCUAUCUUCGCGGCGGUGAAGUUAAAGUAGCGGCUGACAUUUUACAAGAAAUGGUAGACGCUUCACCUUCUGAUACUAAGACGUUGGCACAAUUAGUAGUGGCCUACGUACAGUUUUGCCCUGAGAAGGCACAACUUCUAUCUAAACGUUUACCACCUCUACAUGAUCUCUCUGAAAAAACCGACGUCGAUGCCUUGGAAAGCAGUAACUGGGUUAUUGGUACUAAGGUGAUCAAGAAGAAAGUAGAACCAUCUCCUGGCAAACCUGCUGCUGAUAUAACGGAAAAGAAACGUAAGAAGCGCAAGCGCAAAGGAAAAUUGCCUAAAAAUUAUGAUCCAAAUGUUGCACCGGAUCCUGAAAGAUGGUUACCUAGACACGAACGUAGUGGAUUUAGGAAAAAGCGCGACAGAAGAAAUCGGGAUGUCACGAUGAAGGGUACUCAAGGUGCUGCAACGGGGGCUAGUGAUAUGUACGAUAUUACUAAAAUGCCUACGAACACAAAACCUUCACCUAAUCCGCGACAUAGCCCGGCGGUAGAAACUUCCGGCCCACGGCAACAACAACGUAAAGUUCAGCAGAAAAAGAAAAAGAAGGGAGGAAAAUGGUAAUAAGAAUCAGU